AUGAACGGCUUCAGCACGGAGGAGGACAGCCGGGAAGGGCCCCCCGCCCCGGCCCCGGCCCCCGCGCCCGCCGCUGCGCCCGCGCCCGCCCCCGGCUACGGCCAGAGCUGCUGCCUGAUCGAAGACGGGGAGCGCUGCGUCCGGCCUGCCGGCAACGCCUCCUUCAGCAAGAGGAUCCAGAAGAGCAUCUCGCAGAAGAAACUCCGACUGGACAUCGACAAGAGCGUAAGACAUCUGUAUAUCUGUGAUUUUCACAAAAAUUUCAUCCAGAGUGUACGAAAUAAAAGGAAGAGAAAGACCAGUGAUGAUGGCGGAGAUUCUCCUGAGCACGAAACAGACAUCCCUGAGGUUGAUUUGUACCAGCUGCAGGUGAAUACAUUGAGGCGCUACAAAAGGCAUUACAAGUUACAGACCAGACCAGGAUUCAACAAGGCACAGCUAGCAGAAACUGUCAGCCGUCACUUCCGGAACAUCCCAGUGAACGAGAAAGAGACCCUUGCUUAUUUCAUCUAUAUGGUGAAGAGUAACAAGAGUAGACUGGACCAGAAAGCAGAGAGUAACAAGCAGCUGGAAUGAUGAAGAGUCAAACUGUAAAGGAAUUAAGUACAAUACUUAAUGGACUGGUGAUACCUGGUACAUUUGUACCUAUGAAGACUGUUAAAUUCUACUGUACAUUUAAGGAAAAAAGUAUGAAUGAUGGAAGAAUUCAAUUUUCAGUUCAGUUCAACGAAGAUUCAUUAAGCGCCUAUUAUAUAUGUAAGGCCCUUUGUGGCCAGGAGUAGUGUAUUCUAUUGCUUCAAUAUGUGUAUAGAAAGACUUUCCUUUAAGACUGGAUUGAGAAGUAGAGUCAAGCGCUCUUACGUGACUGUGGCAGGCCAUGAUGCAGCAGAUUACAGCAUUAAAUCAUUUCUUCUGGAAAUGUGGGAUCUUCUAGGUUAUAAAUCAAACAAUUCAGUAACUGCCCCAGAGCCAGAUGGCCGUCGUGUUGGGACCCAGCCGUAGAUACCAGGGAAGCAGCAGUCAAGGAUUAAGGUGCAUGGGCAGAGGGAUAUAUGUACCUUCAUGUAAUCUGCCCAGGACCCAGAAGUCCCUCAUUUCUUCACCAGCUUUGCAGUUCACUGGAGUCAGCCAACACAUCCUUCUGAAUCCAUUUGAAAUCUGUUUCCACACCACCAACACAGUGCCUUGCCUGGAGUAGGCACUCAGAUAAAAGAUCUGUCAGUUCAUUGAGCACCAAAAAUACCAAAUGUGAACAGCUGCCACAGAUCUCUUCUGUUGGGUUGGUGUGAAAGCUUAGUGUCAUGCUUCAGGUAGGAGUUGGACUAGAUGACCACUCCAGGUCCUUUUCCAACUCUAAGAUUCUGUGACCUUAUUUUGGAGAGAGUGAAAGGAAUACAAGUAUUUGGUGUGUAUGUAUGUAUGUUGGGGGGAGGGAGGGUGUUGGGAUGAUUCAAGCCAAAUUAGGAUUUCAGGGCAGUUGUGUUUGUUGAGCAAUGUUGCGUUUCUAGAAAUAGUGACAUGAAAACCUUUACUGGUGUUGCUAUCCUCGAUAUACACACACAGCCGUCUCGGCUGAGGCUAUGAGCUAGGACCCUAACCACCUUCCUUUUUUCCGUGAGCAAACUCCUUGGCCAAAAGAAGAUGCCUGGUCCAGGUAGCUGGGCCGAAUGCUUUAGGAAGCAUACUAACUAGUCACCAGUUCACAAUCUCCAAGAAUAGUGGUGUGAUAGUCUCCACUCGAAACAAACCCAAUUGAGGUACAGAAAAUACUUGGGCUUCAGUGAUCACGCAGCAUUCUCAGGCCUCCAAUGGUGUCCACACUAGAGCUUUUCUCUACCUAGUGACCCACGUAUGAGCAGUUUGCUUCUUCUUGAUUGGUAAAAUGGUAAGCUUAGUAAUUUGCCCAAUAUUUGAUGUUCUAAAAGUCAGAUUCUUCCCAUAUAAUGAUAUGCCAAGGCCAAGGUAUUUUUUUUCCUAAAGUUUUUUGUUUGAAAGUAUGCUUUUGCAAAAGGCUAUAAUCAAGGUGGGGGUGGGGGUGGUGAAGAAAAGCUUGGAUUUUAACUGUUUAUCUUGAUUUUUGCAUUUUAUGGUCAGCCGCCAUAUCCUAACUUGGUUUUGACACUGAGAUCUUAACCUUGAGCAAUCAAAGUAGUUUUGCCCCCAAGACAGAAUGUUAAUAUUUGUACAACAGCAACAUCAGGACUGUGAGAGUGAGAGAAUUGUUACUGGGUGGUUUUACAAAGUUUUGGAAGAUUCGGUGGAGCAGAUCCACAUAAACACUACCCACAGGUCACUCACUACCAGGAGCACUUCUAUAACUCAAUUGCAACAUGCUCCCAUUGCUGGAAAGCUUUGUACCCAUAUCCAAAAUGCAUGUUCCAAAGAUCCAAGCAUUUUUAAAUAUUUGUAAAUGAAUGUAUAUAGAUUAUACUUUGGAUCUUGGGGAUCUUAUUUUAAUGUGCUUCCGGCCCAAGAGAAGAGGGUGAAGUUUGCUCCCUGAGGGCUUGCAUUCAUUUCAAUUUCAUGUAUAUUUAUUCAUAAUAAGAAUUAGUAACAGUUCUAUAGUGCUUUGCCAUUUCCAAAGCACUUUCCUCACAACAAAACUAGGAAGUAACUAGAGUAAUCUGAUUUUACAAUGGAGGAAACUGGAGGUGAGUGUCUUGUCCAAGGUCACAUCAUAUGGGUGACUAGUCCAUCAAUUGGCAAAGUGAGGACUCAGAUUAGAGUCUUCAGGCUACGAGUGUAGUGCCCUUCCUGCUACACUGUGCUGCUUUUAGCCUGUCUUGCUGUUUUUAGCUAAAGGAUUUGGGGGGUGGGCAUUGUGAGAGAUCAAAAGAACCUUCACCACUGGGUAAUGUGUAUGUCUUAUCUUAAUGAGGUAGAUCCUUUUUCAAGAGACUGUGUCAAACCCCGAUAGACCCUACCAGAAUGCAGUACUGCCCCUCUCUCAUUCAAUACCUAGAGGGGGUGGUGUUCCCUCCUGGUUAUAGUUAAUGGGGUAAUCGGGUAGGCCUAUGGAUUAAAGCAGUAUUUGAAUGCCCUCUGUGAAAAUGUUGGUAUUUCAAAGAAUAAAAUAUCUCUCUAACUCAGA